CCUCAGUCCAAGCCACGAUAUCAUUUUCUUUUGGACCCAAAUUAGACUUCUCGCCCGCUGAGACACUUUUUGCCUCCCUUCUCUACCUUAAUUUAUCGUUACUAUAUUAGGUUCACGGAAAAACCAGCAAGGGAUUCUUCUCGACGGAUUUCUGCACAAAUAUACCGCGCGCGGGAGUACAUCCGUUUCCGACCUUAUUUUCUAUCGCCACGUAAUUCGACAAUUUCAACUUUUUUUACUGCUUCCUUUGCCUGGAUUCCGUCGCAUCACCUAGCUCCUUUUUUCAUUUUUGAAUACAGACUCAAGAAUUGUUGACUAUGCCCAAUAUGUGGCUCUCCGAUAACCAGAAGAUCGGUGUUAUCUUUUGCUCCGGUGGGGGGCUAUUCCUCUUCGGAGGAGUGUUGAUGUUCUUUGAUCGUUCGCUACUCGCAAUGGGAAACAUCCUCUUCCUAAUCGGCCUCACCCUGAUCAUCGGCCUCCAAAAAACCAUCGCCUUCUUCUCGCGACGCCAGAAGCUAAAAGGAACCGCGGCCUUCGCGUCCGGCAUCCUCCUGAUCCUCCUGCGCUGGCCCCUCACCGGUUUUCUGAUCGAGCUGUACGGCCUGUUCAUCCUCUUCGGCGACUUCCUCAUCACGAUCGGCCAGUUCGCAGGGAACGUGCCCGUCGUGGGGCCGUAUAUCCAGAAGGCGUUGGAGACGCUGGCUGGGGGCCGGAGUAAUGCGGAGUUGCCGGUAUAGCGGUAUGGUAUACGCGGAAUGGAUCAGGGGAGGGAGGGGAUGAGGAGGAGGUGGUGGGGGGGUCGUUCUUUGGAUCGG